GUCUCACACGGAGAUACGCCUUAUCCAAGGAGCGUCCGUGCUUCACAGGACUUCAACCUUAUCCACUUCAAACCAAUCAGAAUCUACAUGUCCUUAGUCCUCAACGAUUAUGAAGAUGAAUAGAGAGUAAAUCAAAGUGAACAUCUUCAGAUGAAUUAUUCAAAAGAUAUUCCUCACAUAAACACACAAUGCCUUUGUCCAUUGCAACAACCAAUACAAACACCAACAUCAAACACAUUAAUCACUUGUUAAACCAAUCUAAUUCUAUCUCUCACGUUAAACAAAUUCACGCUCAAAUACUUCGCACAAUUCACACCCCAAAUUCCUUCACAUGGAACAUUCUCAUACAAUCCUACUCCAAAUCCACACUUCACAAACAAAAAGCUAUUCUUCUUUACAAAGCAAUCAUAACAGAACAAGAAAAUGAACUCUUUCCUGAUAAACACACUUACCCUUUUGUUCUUAAAGCUUGUGCUUACUUGUUUUCGUUAUUCGAAGGAAAACAAGUUCAUGCCCAUGUUUUGAAACUUGGGUUUGAGUUAGAUACUUAUAUUUGUAAUAGUUUGAUUCAUUUCUAUGCUUCUUGUGGAUAUUUGGAAACGGCGCGUAAAGUGUUUGAUAGAAUGUGUGAAUGGAGGAAUGUGGUUUCGUGGAAUGUAAUGAUUGAUUCUUACGCGAAGGUUGGAGACUAUGAUAUUGUUUUGAUUAUGUUUUGUGAGAUGAUGAAGGUGUAUGAACCUGAUUGUUACACGAUGCAGAGUGUUAUUAGAGCUUGUGGUGGUUUAGGUUCGCUUUCGUUGGGGAUGUGGGUUCAUGCUUUUGUUUUGAAAAAGUGCGAUAAGAAUGUGGUUUGUGAUGUUUUGGUUAAUACUUGUUUGGUUGAUAUGUAUUGUAAAUGUGGAUCGUUGGAAAUUGCCAAGCAGGUUUUUGAAGGAAUGUCUUAUAGAGACGUGAGUUCAUGGAAUUCAAUUAUCUUAGGUUUUGCUGUGCAUGGGAAAGCCAAGGCAGCAUUGGAUUAUUUUGUCCGAAUGGUGAAGGUGGAGAAAAUUGUGCCGAAUUCUAUCACUUUUGUUGGUGUGUUGAGUGCAUGUAAUCAUAGUGGAAUGGUUGAUGAAGGGUUAAUGUAUUUUGAAAUGAUGACUAAAGAGUACAAUGUUGAACCAAGUUUGGUGCAUUAUGGAUGUCUUGUUGAUCUUUAUGCUAGAGCUGGACAUAUCCAAGAGGCUCUCAAUGUGGUUUCGGAAAUGCCGAUUAAACCAGAUGCUGUAAUUUGGAGGAGUCUUUUAGAUGCUUGUUAUAAGCAACAUGCAAGUGUUGAGCUAAGUGAAGAAAUGGCAAAGCAAAUUUUUGAGUCAAACGGGAGUGUUUGUGGUGGUGCUUAUGUUCUUUUGUCGAAAGUGUAUGCUUCAGCUAGUAGAUGGAAUGAUGUAGGGUUGCUUAGAAAGCUAAUGAAUGAUAAGGGUGUGAGUAAAAAGCCUGGUUGUAGUUUAAUAGAGAUAAACGGUGCUGCUCAUGAAUUUUUUGCCGGAGACACCAAUCAUCCACAAAGUAAAGAUAUAUACAAGUUCAUGAAUGAAAUUCAGGAGAAACUAGAAUCUGUAGGGUAUUUACCUGAUUAUUCAGGAGCACCAUUGAUUGAUGAGAUUAAUGAAGGGAAACAGAAUACUAUGAGGUUGCAUAGUGAGAGAUUGGCCAUAGCUUUUGGGCUUUUGAAUUCAAAACCAAGCAUGCCAAUAAGAGUGUUUAAGAAUCUUAGAGUGUGUAAUGAUUGUCAUAAGGUUACUAAAUUAAUAUCUAGAAUUUACAAUGUGGAGAUAAUUGUAAGAGAUCGUGUUCGGUUUCAUCACUUUAAAGAUGGGAGUUGUUCUUGUAUGGAUUAUUGGUGAUAGAUGCUACUGUGUGAGGUAUAUCUUGAAACAGAAGGCUUAUAUAUAUGCCAACAUCGAAUGGUCAAGAUUUAUAAAUGUGUAACGUAGUUACAACAGAAACUCAAAAUUCAUUAUUAAUUUGUCGUCGAUUGAACCUUUUGAUGGAUUCACAAUCAAUGCUUCUGUUAGGAAAACUAAUAGAAUAGAAUUGUGAUGGUUGAAAAGAAAAAUAUUGUGAUAAUUGAAGAGGGCAUUGUAAGCACGGUGCUGUUACUUUCUCGGCCUGAUCUUCUCUUGUCUUAUGCUAUCAAAUUGAAGAGAAAGAAUGGGUGAAUGACACAAUGCUAUAGAAAUUGUUCGUGUUAUGGUUAUAGCAUGCUGCAUAUAUGCACCUUUGAGUGCAGCUAUGGCAAUAUCAAUCGAGUACGGCGCAAGUGGAAAUUAAAUUUGAGCAAUUUAUUGUGUUACAUUUUAAACCCUCCAUUUCUGUAGAAGACCAGGAUGCAGCAGGCUGUUAAUAGGACUACUACAAGGAGCACUCCUGCCAUUGUGAGGAUUAUGUCUUUGGUACCAAUGUUUCUUCUGAUGCCAAUGUUUCAGAAGGUGCACCUUGUCCUGCAUAAGGAUCUGGAGAGGGACAUGGAUUUGAAGGACUAUUUCCACAUAGUUGAAUGUACUCCACAAAUGAGCUUGAGUUAAAUUUUUGUGCUGAUAAACUUGGAACAGAACCAGAGAUUAUUACGAGAAACAUUAAAGAAAUUAAGACUAUAUAGAUUGUCAAAGGUGGUUGGAAUUUCUCCACUAAAAGAUUAUUUGGUGACAAAA